UGCUCUAAAUGGAAUCCAGAUGUGUCAUUGUUGGCUGGCACAGAGGGAUCUGUGCAGGUGUCAGCUGUCAGCUGUACUACCGCAGAAUUACAGCUGAUCCUGUUGAUGUUUUGCGAGUUCUCGGGCUGUCAGAGAACAUGGAGGGGGUUUCCUUGGAGGCUGGUUUCUGCACUAGCAGGAGGGGCACGGAGGAGACGGACCUGGCUUACAAGAUCAAAAAGAUCCAGCUCAGCACUCCCACUAAACAGCUAUUCCAUGAUUCCACUUUUCCUGAGAAUUUCUCCCUGAUGGCUACCGUAAGAGCGAAAAAGGGCUCCCAGUUCUUCCUUUUUUCAGUGUAUGAUGACGGGGGGGUGCAGCAGGUGGGGCUCGAGGUGGGUCGGUCCCCUGUCUUUGUGUACGAAGACCAGCAUGGGCAGCCCACUCCACAACAGUAUCCUAUUUUCAGGAAGAUCAACACAGCAGAUGGAAAAUGGCACAGGAUAGCCUACAGCGUUCUCGACAAGACUGUGACCCUUUACUUGGACUGCCAGAAGGUGGAAACUCUGGAUCUGCAGCGGGGGGACGAUGCCGUGGUCAGCACAGAGGGAGUUGUUGUUUUUGGAACACGGCUGCUGGAUGAAGAAGUUUUCGAGGGAGAUAUUCAGCAGCUGAUGGUUGUGGAUGACCCCCAGGCUGCUGGCAACUACUGCGUGAACUUCAUACCAGAUUGUGACUUGGCUUUGCCAUACAACAGUCAAACUGUGGGCCAGCAGGAGAGCUCCCAUCUUGAGUUGAUGCAAAGUGGCCAACCAACUGAACCAAGUAAGCGCUCUAAGAAGGACAGGAGAGGCAAAAAAAACAAAAAGAAGAGGGACAAAAACUCUAAAGGAAAACGCAAAGGCAAGGGAAAGGGCAAGAAGGGGUCCAGAAAGAGGAAGCAUGAAGAGAAGGGUMCAGAGGAAGACUUUCACAGAGUAACUACGCCUGCUGAGUUUCAGCCACAGGAACCUUUCCAGCCCACAGAACUACCACAAACUGAGGGCGACUUUGAAACUCUUCUCCCCAUUGACCAAACCACCACGGUGAUGCCAACGCAUAAACCCGACUUCGUCCCUGAGGGCCCCACCUUGGUGCCGCCUAGUACACUGCCUGUAUCAAAGCUUAUCAAGGAGCAGGAAAUCACAGCAGUGAACACACCUCUGGUGGUGGAGUAUGAAGAUGACGUUUAUGGAGAUUUACAUGAAGACCUCUCGGUUUCUACGGUGACUGUGGUUCCGAAUAUUACUGAUUACGAGCAUAUUCUUGAAUACGAAGAUUUUUUGAACGACACACAGUAUGAGGAAUAUGAAAUAUAUGAAGAUGACUUUGACUUUGCAGAGCGGGAAAGAGCUGAGACACUGGAUGUUGAGGCUAUACUCAGAGCGGAGAAAGGCCAGAAAGGAGAACCAGCUAUUAUUGAACCGGGUUUCUCAGUGGAAGGGCCCCCAGGUCCACCAGGCCCAGAGGGACUUCCUGGGCCAGCUGGACCAACAGGCCCUCCAGGACCCAGGGGAGAUCCAGGUGAUCUGGGUCCCCAGGGACGCCCUGGUCUUCCUGGGGUUGAUGGGAUCCCGGGUCCUCCAGGAACCCUGCUGAUGCUGCCAUUCCACUUUGGAGGGGAUUCACAGAAGGGGCCGGUAGUGUCUCCCCAAGAGGCACAGGCACAAGCUAUCCUGCAACAAACCAAGCUGUCACUCAAGGGGCCUCCAGGUCCACUGGGUCUUACAGGGCGACCAGGUCCAGUGGGUCUUCCAGGUCCAUCCGGGCUCAAAGGAGACCGUGGAGACAACGGCCCCACUGGACCCCGUGGGUUGCCUGGAUCCCCUGGAAUUAAUGGAAAGUCAGGCAAGAGGGGACGUUCAGGUGUGGUUGGAGGCCGUGGRACUCCUGGUGAAACAGGUGAAAAGGGUGACAGGGGUUUUGACGGCCUGCCAGGUCUCCCAGGAAACAAGGGACACAUGGGGGACAGAGGAAGGCCUGGUCCUUAUGGGCCUGUUGGAGAGUCAGGAGAGAAGGGAUCUGAUGGACCUGUGGGACCAAGAGGUCAACCAGGUGAACCAGGUCCUCGUGGUCUUGUUGGGUCAAGGGGGCCACCUGGCCAACCUGGCCAAAUGGGGAUUAGUGGAAUUGAUGGAGUCCAAGGAUCAAAAGGCAACCUGGGUCCGCCUGGAGAAAUAGGACCCCCAGGUCAACAAGGAAAUCCAGGAGUUCAGGGGUUUCCUGGCCCUCAGGGUCCUAUUGGAUUGCCAGGAGAAAAGGGUCCCCAGGGUAAAGACGGGAUCCAGGGCCUACCAGGCGUUGAUGGUCCUCCUGGUCACCCGGGAAGAGAGGGACCCCCAGGAGAAAAAGGCGUCCAAGGUUUACCUGGCUCCCAGGGACCUGUUGGCUACCCAGGCAGCCGUGGAGUCAAGGGAGCAGAUGGGGUUAGAGGUCUGAAGGGGAGCAAGGGAGAAAAAGGAGAAGAUGGCUUUCCAGGAGCAAAGGGUGACAUGGGUAUUAAAGGAGACAGGGGGGAUAAUGGUGCUCCUGGUCCUCGUGGAGAAGAUGGACCAGAAGGACCAAAAGGCCAGUCUGGACCUGUCGGAGAUGUGGGAACGCCUGGCAUAGCAGGGGAGAAGGGUAAACUUGGGGUGCCUGGUCUGCCCGGUUACCCCGGACGACAAGGUCCUAAGGGAUCACUUGGCUUCCCUGGUGUGACCGGAUCCCUCGGAGAAAAAGGAAGAAGGGGUCCUGCCGGUCAGUCGGGUUCUGGGGGUCAAAGAGGUCCUAAUGGAUCCCGGGGGGGAAGAGGAGCAAAGGGGCCGACUGGAAAGCCUGGAGAAAAGGUGAGCUUCGUGGCAUACAAACACAGACAUGCACUUGCAGUUAUACAUACAGGAUSUGCUGGACAAGACGGUCCUCCAGGAUCUCCCGGAGAACAGGGUCCUCAAGGGCCACAGGGUCAAAACGGAGAAACGGGACCUAAAGGACCCAAUGGCUUUCAAGGCAAGACUGGGCCUCCKGGCCCCCCAGGAGUCGUUGGGCCACAGGGGAAGUCUGGCGAGACAGGGCCAGCUGGAGAUAGAGGCCAUCCAGGUUCACCAGGACCACCAGGUGAGCAUGGUUUACCAGGAACUGCUGGAAAGGAGGGGGCCAAGGGAGAUCCAGGUCCAGCGGGAAUCCCAGGAAAGAGUGGCCCUCCUGGACUGAAAGGCUUCAGAGGAAGCAGAGGGACCCCCGGUGCUAUGGGCUCUGCUGGUCUCAAAGGUGGAGAGGGUCUACCUGGUGUUGCAGGGCUUACUGGUGCUGCUGGAGAGAGGGGUCCCGCUGGGCCUGCUGGAGCAAUUGGCCCACCAGGACGAGCAGGCGGUGUGGGCCCUGCUGGGCCAAGUGGAGAGAAAGGCAUGCCAGGAGAGAAGGGAACCAUUGGGCCUGCUGGGCGCGAUGGGGAGUCGGGACCUGCAGGGYUGCCAGGGGUUGCAGGACCUCCUGGACCUCCAGGGGAGGACGGAGACAAGGGCGAGACUGGCGGACCAGGCCAAAAGGGCAGCAAAGGAGACAAAGGAGAAUCUGGACCUCCGGGACCUGUUGGCAUUCAAGGACCAGUGGGCCAACCAGGACCAUCUGGGACAGAUGGUGAGCCAGGCCCUCGAGGUCAAAUGGGCCUGAAUGGACCAAAAGGGGAUGAAGGAUCUAGGGGCUUUAAAGGACCGCCUGGCCCCUCCGGAUUACAGGGAAUGCCAGGACCCUCAGGGGAGAAAGGAGAGAGUGGGCAUGUUGGUUCAAUGGGGCCUCCAGGACAGCAUGGCCCAAGAGGCCCUCAGGGGCCCUCUGGAGCUGAGGGCCCACCUGGCUUGCCUGGAGGAGUCGGUCAACCAGGUCUUGUUGGAGAGAAGGGUGAGGAUGGGGAAGCAGGCGACCCAGGGCUGGUUGGGGAGCCGGGCCCUCCAGGCGUUAAGGGAAAUGCUGGUGAGAAGGGAGAUGCUGGUCCUUCCGGUGCAGCAGGGCCUCCAGGAACCAGAGGAACCCCUGGAGAGGACGGACCUAAAGGCAACCUGGGUCCUCUUGGGUUUCCUGGAGAUUCUGGCCCACCAGGUGAACCAGGAGUCAAUGGGGUUGAUGGUUCACCGGGACCUAAAGGGGACAAUGGGGAAAUUGGAAAAACGGGACCACCAGGAGCCUCUGGAGAGCCUGGCCCUCCUGGGCCACCUGGUCGGAGGGGUCAUGUUGGUGCAGCAGGAAAAGAGGGAAAACAAGGCAUGAAAGGAGUCAAAGGAGCCACAGGAACUCUGGGUCCAGUGGGAAAGACGGGGCCAGUGGGACCCCAAGGCCAUCCAGGAAGACCCGGUCCAGAAGGCCUUCGAGGCAUUCCAGGUCCUGCGGGCGAACAAGGUUUAAAUGGACCACCAGGACAGACCGGACCGCCCGGACCAAUAGGUCCGCCAGGAUUACCGGGAUUAAAAGGAGACCCCGGAAGAAAAGGAGAGAAAGGCCACGGAGGGUUGAUUGGUUUAAUCGGCCCUCCUGGAGAGGCUGGUGAGAAAGGUGACAGGGGCCUGCCAGGAAGUCAAGGUUUGCCAGGGUCCAAAGGAGAUGGGGGCGCGGUCGGGUCAUCUGGUCCAAUCGGCCCCCCGGGUUUACCCGGACUGUCUGGUGCAGCUGGUGAGAAGGGAUCUAAGGGGGAGAUGGGUUUUGUUGGUCCCAGAGGAGAUCGAGGGCCUGCUGGUCCUCCAGGACCCCCAGGACCCCCUGCAACAUUUGUUCAACCAUUGCCAAUUCAGGAAGGGAGGAGGAAAAGACGAAGGCACUCAGACGAGGCGGGAGGAGCAGCCCCGUUGACGGGGGAGGAUGUGCAUUUCAAAACGGAGGAAUUCUUCCAGGGAGAUCAGCCUCUGGAAGAUGUAGAGGGAAUGGAAGAGGUCUUUGCUACCCUCUCUUCCAUGAAGAAUGAUGUGGAGCUCAUGAGAAAACCUCUGGGGACAUUUGAAAGCCCUGCCAGGACCUGCAAAGAGCUCAUGAUGGUUCAAUCGAACUACAAAGAUGGGGAGUACUGGAUAGAUCCUAAUCAGGGCUGUCACCGAGACUCCAUUAAGGUCUUCUGUAACUUUACAGCCUUUGGAGAGACCUGUCUCUAUCCUGACAAAAAGAUUGAGACGGUUAAAUUAUCCUCCUGGAACAAGGAGAAACCAGGAAGUUGGUUUAGCCAAUACAGGAGGGGAAAACAGUUUUCCUACAUUGACAGCGACGGGAACCUCGUGCAUGUAGUUCAGCUGACCUUCCUUAAGCUGCUAAGUGCCACAGCCAGGCAGAGCUUCACCUAUACCUGUCAGAAUUCAGCUGGCUGGUUUGACAGCGCCUCCCGCUCCUACCAGCAUGCUCUCCGCUUCCGGGGCAGCAACGGCGAGGAGCUGACACAAGCCAAGAGCCCCUUCAUUGCAGCAGUGCACGAUGGAUGCCAGUCUCGCAAAGGCCAGGAAAGGACUAUUUUAGAGAUCGUCUCCCCCUCUGCAGAGCUGCUCCCCGUUAUAGAUGUUGCUCCAGCAGACUUUGGCAGCAACAGCCAGAAGUUUGGAUUCCAAGUUGGACAAGUCUGCUUCAACGGCUAAACCCAUCGACAGCCACAAACACAGAAGACCUUCACAGUAUGAUUUCAACAACAACAAAAAAYUGAGCUGGCCACACGGUGUCAAGUUUUUCGUUGUGGUAUACUGGUUUAUUAUUUAAGACUCAUCAGCAUUUUUUGUAAUAUUUUUGUGAAUUUCUAACAGUAAGAAAAAUAKCAAGAAAAAAAAUGCAGCAGUGAGGACAAAAGGGAAUUAUUGCAUUUAAAAUAUUUAAUUUCUUUAAGAUCUUUUCUUGUGGGCUAUAAAUGACUCUCUGGAUUUAGAAGGACUACUCUGCUGCACAAAACAGAAGCAGUAGCAGUCAUAAACAACAAGGAUGUUGCACCAUGGGACAGUUGGUUUGGAUUUUUCAGAUAAAUGAUCUGCCUGCCUGCUAGCUUCUUGCAAAAUCCAAGACUGAAUAAAUCUGAAUUGCAAUACUCA